AUGAUAGGACCACGCGUCAAUGGAACAGUUAGUCAUGUGAGACAGAUUAUAGGACCACACGUCAACGGAACAGUUAGUCCUGUGAGAGGGAUUAUAGGACCACACGUCAAUGGAACAGAUAGUCCUGUGAGAGGGAUGAUAGGACCACGCGUCAAUGGAACAGUUAGUCAUGUGAGACAGGUUAUAGGACCACACGUCAAUAGAACAGUUAGUCCUGUGAGACGGAUUGUAGGACCACUCGUCAUUGGAACAGUUAGUCAUGUGAGACAGGUUAUAGGACCACACUUCAAUAAAACAGUUAGUCCUGUGAGACGGAUUGUAGGACCACUCGUCAUUGGAACAAUUAGUCCUGUGAGAGGGAUUAUAGGACCACACGUCAAUGGAACAGAUAGUCCUGUGAGAGGGAGGAUAGGACCACGCGUCAAUGGAACAGUUAGUCAUGUGAGACAGAUUAUAGGACCACACGUCAACGGAACAGUUAGUCCUGUGAGAGGGAUUAUAGGACCACACGUCAAUGGAACGCUUAGUUCUAUGAGAGGGAUUAUAGGACCACACGUCAAUGGAACAGUAAGUCUUGUGAGAGGGAUUAUAGGACCACAGGUCAACGGAACAGUUAGUUCUGUGAGAGGGAUGAUAGGACCACGCGUCAAUGGAAUAGGAAUUAUAGGACCACACGCUAAUGGCACAGUUAGUUCUCUGAGAUGGAUUAUAGGACCACACGUCAAUGGAACUGUUAGAUCUGCGAGAGGGAUUAUAGGACCACACGUCAAUGGAACUGUUAGAUCUGUGAGAGGGAUUAUAGCACCACACGUCAAUGGAACAGUAAGUCUUGUGAGAGGGAUUAUAGGACCACAAGUCAACGGAACAGUUAGUUCUGCGAGAGGGAUCGGAGAAUAA